AUGGAAGACAAGCAAACGAGAGUUCCCGAGCAGGUGGCGGGGAUAGCGACCACCGUGCCGGGUGAAAAAGAGGAGGCGCGAGGAAGAAGCGACAAAGAUGACAACGAGCUGACGGAAAGGAAGAGGAUUCAUCGCCUGGAGAAGGAAAAGCUCAAGUUGACUUCCACACACAACCGGCAGCUGUCCAUGUUGGAGGCAGAGCUCGCCCGACUUAGGUCGUCAGUGGAGCGUGGAGAAGCUCAGAGAGCAGAGCUUCAGUACCAGGUGACCGCCAGCCGCAGAGACGUCCAGCGGGUGAGCCAGAGCAACCGAGAACUGACAGAGCACGCGGCAGCGCUGCAGAAGAUUCUGGACAUGACACGGCAGGCCCGGCAAGAAGAAGGUCUGGCUUUGCGGGAGGAAGCGGAUGAGCGAGACGCCCUGAUCGACGGCUUGACGUCGGAUGGCCAAAGACUCCGACGACUUCUGCAGUGCCAGGAGGAGGCGCUGGAAGAGGCGCGUGAGAGGAUGACAGCGCUGCGGGAGGAGGUGGUGCAGGGCCGCAAAUCUCUGGAAGCCGAGGGAACGGCUUGCCAGGAAGCACAAGAAAAAGCCCGGCGUGCUCAACAAGCUUUGCAGCGGCUGCAGACGGAGUACAGUCAGUACAAGAGUGAGCUGAGCGUGGCCUUGGAGUCAGAUAAGAGGAACAUCGCUGACCUUACGAGCAUGCUGGAAGAGGAGAAGCGGCGACAUGCCAACACAUAUCUGCGCCUGGAACAGGCGUUAAAGACUGAGUUGCACUAUGAGAAGCUCCUGGAAGAGAUCAGGGAAACGCUCCGACAGACCACAAACCAAGACGCAGAGGAUGACGAGGAACAGAGACGUCCUGCCGACGUGAUACAUCUGCUCCAUUUGACGAUCGCCAGGCAAGGGGUAGCUGAGCAGCAGGUACGGGAUCUGAUGUCAGAGUGCGAAAAACUGGAACGGGAGAAGCGGUCGCUCGGACACGUGACGACGCAUCAGAAGCGACACCUCCAAGAGGCUCACCAGCUAUCACUGGAGCUCCAGGAGCGAAUGUCACGCCUGGAACAGGAGAGCCAGGACUGGUUCACGCAGAAUCGGGAGCUUCGAGAAGAAUCAGAGGCCCAGUUGUCCAACCUUCGCCGGAUUUAUCUGCGCCUAUCGUUGGACGGCACAUUAACAGAGUUGCAAAGUCCCAUGAGCCACUCAGGCUUGUCUGAGCAGAUCGACGAGCUGGUGGAGCGGUUGACGUCUGACCUCCGCAACACUCAGAACAAGGUGGCGGGUUUGCAGGCUGAGUGCGAGGAAAAGAACGAGCACGCCAAGAGGCUCCGGCGACGUCUCAAGGUUGCGCUGGCACGUGCCCGGGAGUACAUGUCGAAGAACAGCCGAUUCGCGCGCAUUGUCACGCAGUUGCGGGACCUUCUGUCAAGGAGCCGCAGAAAGUCAGCCGCCUUCCUGUGGGCGUGCUCGCUCCUCCUCGAAGCGACGGCGCACACCCAAUGGCGUCUACGCGCCCUGACCGAGCAAAAGCGCCUUUUGGCCCGGCGCUUGGCGUCCAGGGAGGAGCCGGCCGAGGAGCUGCGGUGCCUAGCUGACGCGCUGGCCGUAGAUCGGGGCGGCCCCCCAGAAGGAAGGGACGCCGGCACGGUCUCGAGACGCUGGAAGAAGUACGUAUGCGUUGUGGCGGCGCUGAGGUGGUGGCGUGCCAUAGGAAGGCGCAACGCCGCGCGAUUUCACCUGGAGACCGGAGGCAGGCUUGCGUGCCUGAAGGGACCGGAUGGAUGCGAACCUGGGGAAGGUCGCGACAUCUGGUAUGUUCGCCAGCUCUGGUCCAAGCGGCUCUCCUCCACCAUCUUGUCCUGCAUUGCCAAUGCACCUCCUCCCGAUGCCUCGCCUUCGCGGGUGAGUUCUUUAGCGCGGGCGACGUUGAACCGCCUUCUGGAUCAGAUUGCCGGACCGUCGGGAUGGCCUCCUGAGAUAAGCCCUUCGACUCCGCCCUCCGACGACUUCAAGGCCGCAGCAUCCCGACUCCGACAUCACUUUCUCCUCCUUAGCCGAAGGCUGCACUCGGCCGAGAUGGAGAGGCAGAGCCUGAGGUUGCAGGUGGCCCAAAUGGGAAGACCGGAGGAUGGUGGUGUGGAUGCCAGCGGGAUGGUCCCGGUAAAGCACUUCCAUGUCGUAUGCGCAAAUCUCCGGCAAGCGCUCGAGGGGGAAGAGGAAGCUCGCCGGCUGCUGGAGGAGCGCUCCAUACAGCUUGAAGCACUGCAGCGACGCAUAGACUCGUACGCCGCCGAACAGGCCCGAGCCCAACGCGCACUCAGACGUGUAGCAGAGGCGCUGGCGGAGGCUCGGAGGCGCCUGAGAGGAAAGGAGCGCUCGCUGUUGAUCCUGGCCGAGCGCCUGUCACGUGCGGACAAAGAGAAACGGCGUCUGGAAGUGCGACUGCGACGCUUCGAGGACAGGCGUCACGUAAUCAGCCAAGGGAAGACUCGCGAGGAGGUGACAGUCCCUCCCGCUUCAUGCUCGUGGAAGACAAAGCCACUCCUCUCGGGAUGUAAGGGUUCUGAAGGGCGUCUUCCAGGUCAGGGGUCCCCAAGCCAACAAAAACUUUUCAUUGAGUCUGAAUAA